AUGCUCAGUGCUCGAUUCCCGGAAGCCAAGAACAUCCUGGUAGAAGGCGACAUCUCGUACAACAACGUUCCGCGUGAUCAGAUCCGCGAUCGCUUGCCACAGUUCGUGUCGUACACGGACCAGCGUGACAAGCACUUUGCACCUCUCACGGUGAAGGAGACGCUGGAGUUCGCGUACCAGGUUUGUGGCGGUGACAUCACCAAGCGCAAGGAGUUCAUCGCGUCGCUACCUUCUCAGAAGGAGAACCAGGAGGCGCUGCAGGCCACGAAGACCAUUUUCCAGCACUAUCCGGAUGUCAUCAUCCAGCAGCUCGGACUCAAGAAUUGCCAAGACACGAUCGUCGGCGACGCUAUGAUCCGUGGUGUGUCUGGUGGCGAGCGGAGCCCGGUAAUUAUACAAAUUAGUUUAGAUCUUUUAGACAUUUAA